AUGGACACUCACCAUAGCGAGGAUAGUUUGGUUGGUGUGACACCACACGAAGCACACUUGUCCAUCAAUCCGAAAGGACGCGAUUGUUUGGUGCAGUGGAAGUCUCGUCCACCACAACACCAGCGAAUAUGGAUGGAUCGAGUAGAUGGUGAUGGAGGCGAUUGUCUUGCAUUUACAUCACGUGACCUACGGACUGCCAAAGACGCUCUUGCAGAUGCUGCCAGAAGUAUGUUUGAAGACUAUUCGCUGUCCCUUGUUUCGUUGCUUAUUGGCAUUUCUGCCCUUGGUGGUGUGGAUUUGCACCGCUGUGACCGAGUGCCAUGCAGUGCGUGGGUCGACUGA